UGUUUUACAGACUGAAACAUGGCUGGCUCAGGUUAGCGAGCUAAAGGCUGCUAGCCGCGACUAACAACAAACCACAAACAUUCAUUGAACAACAAGCUAAACCUAGCUUGCUAGCGAGGGAACCACAGCUAAAAACAAAACAACCAAGAUGAAUGUGGGCCUGACUGACCCCAUACAUCAGUUUAAAAAUGACAGGUAAAUGAUGAACUGAAGCUUUGCCAACCUGUCGGAAGUUGUCAUAAAGGUUGUUCGCUCCAGUCGGCCCCUACGGGGGUAAAAAGGGAGGAGUCAUGGCGGCAAGGACACAGAUCAAACUUCUGCUUUGGAAGAACUGGACCAUUCGCAGGCGACAGCGGGUUCGCUUCUUCAUGGAGAUCAUGUGGCCUGUCAUCCUCUUCAUGGGCCUCGUGUGGCUGCGGCGAGUCAAUCCACUCUACCGCCAACAUGAGUGCCACUUCCCGAACAAGGCCAUGCCUUCAGCAGGGAUCCUGCCAUGGAUGCAGGGGAUCUUCUGUAACGCCAACAACCCUUGUUUCCAAUACACGACCCGAGGAGAGUCACCGGGCCUGGUGUCCAACUACAACAACUCCAUACUGGCCCGGUUCUACUCAGAUGCCCAGGAGCUUCUUUUCAGUGACCCAGAGUUUCUCCAGCUUGAACGUCUGUGGACGGAGCUGAACACCAUGAGCACCUUUAUGGACACACUGCGCACUAAGCCGGACCAGGUCUCAGGUCGUGGUGUGAGGGUGGAGACGAUCCUGAAGGACGACGAGACGUUGACAUCAUACCUGCUGAGGGACAUUCCUCUGACGGAGACUGUGGUGUAUCAGCUUGUCAAUGCCCAAAUCAGGCCUGAACAGUUUGCUUUUGGCGUUCCAGACCUGCACCUAAAGGAUAUAGCCUGCAGUGUGUCCCUGCUGGACAGAUUCCUAAUUUUCCCCAGUCGCAGAGGGCUCUAUUCUGUCCGUAAUGCCAUGUGCAUCCUCACCCCCCAGCGGCUGCAGGUCAUCGAGGACAAGUUCUACGCCAAUGUUGACUUUUUUAAGCUCUUCCGUCUGCUUCCUCUUGUGCUGGACAACCACUCUGAAGGCAUCAACAUUCACUUCUGGGUACGGAUCGUUUCUGCUGCCUCCGACAAGCUGCGAGAGUUAUUUCAGAGGAACAGCUCCAGGGAGCUCCUCCAGGCCUUGACUCCUCUCUUCCAGAGCAGUGUAUCCUUCGAGCAGGUGAUGGCCGCUGCUUCCGGCCUGGUGUGCGGCUACACAGAAGGGGCUUUUUCCCGAGUAACCUCCUUCAACUGGUACGAGGACAAUAACUACAAAGCCUUUCUGGGAAUCACCAGCGGAAGAGAUCAAAGUCAAUACUCACCUGACAACAGCACCACUCCUUUCUGCAAUGACCUGAUGAGAGACCUGGAAUCAAACCCAGCCUCCAGAAUCGUGUGGAGGUCGGUGAAGCCUAUGCUGAUGGGGCACAUCCUCUAUGCUCCUGACUCGCCAGCCGUCAGACGAAUCAUCAAAAAUGCUAACACCACGUUUGAGGAGCUCGAGAGAUUACGAGUGAUGGGAAAAGCCUGGGAAGAGGUGGCUCCACAAAUCUGGUCUUUCUUCCAAGACGGGAUUCAAGUGAAGAUGAUUCGGGACACAAUCAGUAAUCCGUCAGUAAUGGAUUUUAUCGACAGGAGUCUUGAGGAAGCACCGUUUUCUUCACAAAAUAUCCUCAACUUCCUGCACAAUGGCCCCUCGGAAGAUCGUCCAGAUGAUAUGCCUGACUUUGACUGGCGAGACAUCUUCAACCUCACUGACCGGAUAAUUCGGAUGCUCAAUCAAUACGGGGAUUGUGUGGUCUUGGAUAAAUUUGUGCCUCUGCCCGAUGAGGAUUCUGUUACAUACCGGGCCUUAGACCUGCUCGAGGAAAGCAAAUUCUGGGCCGGGCUUGUCUUUGUAAACAUCUUCCCUUGGUCCAACGAAGUCCCCCCUCAUGUGAAGUUUAAGAUUCGGAUGGAUAUCGACACGGUGGAGCGCACCAAUAAAGUGAAAGACAGGUAUUGGGAUCCUGGACCCAGAGCAGAUCCAAUGGAUGACCUACGUUAUGUUUGGGGUGGGUUUGCGUACCUGCAGGAUAUAAUAGAGCAUGGGAUCAUCAAAACUCAUACGGGAAAAGAAUGGCCGAUGGGUGUCUAUCUGCAGCAGAUGCCUUACCCCUGCUAUGUGGACGACCUCUUUAUGCUCACUCUGAACCGCUGUUUCCCUGUCUUCAUGGUUCUGGCCUGGGUCUACUCAGUGUCCAUGAUAGUCAAAAGUAUCGUUCUGGAAAAAGAGCUCCGUCUCAAGGAGAACCUGAAAGUCAUGGGGGUCACAAACAGCGUCAUCUGGUCUUCCUGGUUCAUUGACAGCUUCCUCAUGAUGGGCACCAGCACGGCGCUUCUCACCGCCAUCAUCACGGGAGGAAGAGUGCUGAACUACAGCAAUCCCUUCAUCCUCUUCAUCUUCCUGCUCACCUUCACCACGGCGACCAUCAUGCAAUGCUUUCUCCUCAGCGUCUUCUUCAACCAGGCCAACCUGGCGGCGGCCUGCUGCGGCAUCAUCUACUUCACUCUCUACCUGCCACACAUUUUCUGCUUCGCCUGGCAGGAGCACAUCACCAAGGACCUGAAGAUUCUGGUGAGCCUGUUAUCACAGGUGGCAUUCGGCUUCGGCACUGAGUAUCUAUCACGGUAUGAAGAGCAAGGUCUAGGCCUGCAGUGGGACAACAUCCAAACCAGUCCUCUGGAGGGAGACGAAUUCUCCUUCCUCACCUCCAUCUGCAUGAUGAUCCUGGACACUGUGCUCUAUGCUGUGCUGGCUUGGUACCUGGACAAUGUAUUUCCAGGACAGUACGGAAUUAGUCGUCCAUUUUACUUCCCCUUCCUGCCUUGCUACUGGCUCAACUCAGUGUCUCCACUGUCGGACAACAAGCAGCAGGCGGAGAAAAAGGGAUUUGAUAACUUGGCAUACAAGGAGAAAGGGGAGCAGGAGAUAGAGAAAAUCAGAAAGGAGUGUGGAAAUGAAAAGAUACCAUCAGAGCAGUGUGGCAGUCCAGAGAAGUCCAACUCAUGUGAACACCAGGAGCGACGUGAGAAGAAGGAUGGAGACGCCCCAGAGAAAGACGGUCUGUCUUAUUUUGAGGCCGAGCCCGACGACCUGGUGAAGGGGGUAUGCAUUCAGAACCUGGUCAAAGUUUUCGGCCGCGGCACUAAACCUGCGGUGGACGGUCUCAGUCUUAGCUUCUAUGAAGGACAGAUCACCGCUUUUCUGGGCCAUAACGGCGCUGGGAAGACAACGACCAUGUCCAUCCUCACUGGUAUGUUUCCUCCAACCUCGGGUACGGCCACUAUUUAUGGGAAAGACAUCCGCACGGACAUGGACACCAUUCGGCUGUCUCUGGGGAUGUGCCCCCAACAUAACACCCUUUUUCAACACAUGACGGUGGCGGAGCACAUCCUCUUCUGUUCGCUGUUGAAGGGUCGUCCCAUUGCAGAAGCCCGAGAGGAGGUGGAGAACAUGCUACAGGAUCUGGGGCUGCCCCACAAGAGAGACGAGCUGAGCCAGAACCUGUCAGGAGGCAUGCAGAGGAAGUUAUCUGUAGCAUUAGCCUUUGUGGGUGGCGCUAAAGUGGUCAUUCUCGAUGAGCCCACUUCAGGUGUGGACCCCUACUCCAGACGCUCCAUCUGGGACCUGUUGCUGAAAUACCGCGCAGGUUGUACGGUGAUCAUGUCGACCCACCACAUGGACGAGGCCGACCUGCUGAGUGACCGCGUGGCGAUCAUCUCUCAGGGUCGCCUCUACUGCUGCGGCUCUCCCAUCUUCCUGAAAAACUGCUUCGGCGCUGGAUUUUACCUCACUCUAGUGCGACGAAUGAAGCAGAAGGCUGCAAGGAUCAAGAAGGAAGGCAGCUGCGACUGCACGGAUGUUUGCCUCUGCAAGUGCUCGAGGUGUUCCAAGUUCAAGAGCAACCAAGAGGAGAGCGACACUCCAGACAGACAGAUGGACGGUAACAUCGACCGUAUCACCGCUCUGGUCCAUCACCACAUCCCCCAGGCUCGGCUUAUAGAGGCCAUCGGUCAAGAACUGACCUUCCUGCUGCCCAAUCGAGACUUCCAGCCGAGGGCUUACGCCAGCCUCUUCAGGGAGCUGGAGGAGACGCUGCUGGAUAUCGGCCUGAGCAGCUUCGGUGUGUCGGACACAUCCCUGGAGGAGAUUUUUCUAAAAGUCACCGCCGAUGGGUACGCCACCAACAGAAAAUGUGCACCAGACGAGAAAUCGUGGCAGCAGAUUUCUCGAGCUAGUCUUUGUGGCUUCAACAGAGUGGCAAUUGAGAUGGAGCCACUGAAAGAUUCAGAUGGAUCUUUCUUCACUCAUGGCCAGGGCCCAUGUGAUGACCCACCUGGCACUACUGGAAGAGGGUCUUACCAAGUCAGGGGUGUGUGUCUGAUCAUCAAACAGUUCUUCGCACUCUUGAUCAAGCGAUUUCGUCAUGCUACUCGUUCUUGGAAAGACUUCUUCGCUCAGAUCAUACUACCUGCCAGUUUUGUUUUUCUUGCUUUAACCUUCACCCUGAUUGUGCCACCGUUUGGCGAGUACCGCAGUCUGACGCUCAGCCCCUGGAUGUACGGCAGGCAGUACACUUUCUUCAGCAAUGAACGUCCAUUGGGAGCUGGGAUGAGGUACUUUGCUGAAGUGUUGCUGGACAAGCCGGGCUUUGGCACGCGAUGCAUGGUAGACGAGCCUCUGGAAGAGUUUCCCUGCAACAAUAUCACUACAGAGUGGGAAAUGCCUCUGGUCAACCCAGCGCUCAUUGAAAUGUUGGAUGGUCCAGAGUGGAGCUCCCUCACGCCGUCUCCAGCUUGUCAGUGCAGCACAGCCAAGAAGCUCACCAUGCUGCCAGUCUGCCCUGAAGGUGCCGGAGGUCUGCCACCUCCACAGAGGAUCCAGUCAACUGGAGAUGUCCUAAUGGAUCUAACAGGCCGCAACAUUUCAGACUACCUGGUCAAAACCUACCCAAGCCUGAUCAGGACCAGCUUGAAGAGCAAAUACUGGGUGAAUGAACAAAGGUACGGGGGAAUAUCAGUCGGAGGACAGCUUCCUGUGCUACAGGUGCAGCCGAAGACCAUCCGGGAUGUGGCGAGCCAACUGGGCCAACUGCUCAACGUUACAGGAGGAAACUACUCUCAGCAAACCCUGAAGGACGUCGGCACCUUCCUCAGAUACAUGGAGACGCAAGACAAUGUGAAGGUUUGGUACAACAACAAAGGCUGGCACGCCAUGGUGUCCUUCAUGAACGUGGCUAACAACGCCAUCCUCCGCACAAACUUACCUAAAGGGGCAAACUUGAAUGAAUAUGGAAUCACUGCCAUCAACCACCCACUCAACCUCACUAAAGAGCAGCUGUCUGAAAUCACUGUCCUGAACACUUCAGUCGACGCUGUGGUUGCUAUUUGCGUGAUCUUCGCCAUGUCCUUUGUUCCGGCCAGCUUCGUCCUCUACCUCAUCCAGGAGAGGGUGACCCAGGCCAAACACCUGCAGUUUGUCAGUGGAGUCAGUCCACUGGUCUACUGGAAGGCCAACUUCCUCUGGGACAUGGUGAAUUAUUCUAUCAGCGCACUGAUGGUGGUUGAAAUAUUCAUCUUCUUUGAUAAGAAGUGCUACACGUCUCCAGCCAACCUGCGACCUCUCGUCUCUCUGCUCUUGUUGUACGGUUGGUCUGUGAUUCCCAUGAUGUACCCGCUGUCCUACGUCUUCAGCGUCCCCAGCACGGCCUACGUGUCUUUAUCAUGCAUCAACCUUUUUAUUGGCAUCAACAGCAGCGCCAUCACCUUCAUCCUGGAUCUCUUUGAAGGCACCUCAGCUCUCUAUAAGUUCAACCAACUUCUGAAGAUGCUGCUGCUGGUCUUCCCUCACUACUGUCUGGGCAGGGGGCUCAUCGACAUGGCCAUGAACCAGGCCAUCACUGACAUCUAUGCUCGCUUUGGGGAAGACUACAGUCCAGACCCGUACAGUUGGAAUUUUAUUGGGAGGAAUCUCUUCUGCAUGGCUGUGGAGGGAUUUCUCUAUUUUGCAUUGAGCAUCCUCUGUCAGUAUCGCUUCUUCCACAAUCACUGGCCCUCUGACCACCCCAAGCCGUUGAUGAUGGAUGAAGAUGUGGAUGUGGCUGAUGAGCGAGAGCAAAUCCACAGGAAUGAAAAGACAAAUGACAUUUUAAGGAUAAAAGACCUGUCAAAAACAUACAGGGGGAUGAUCAUUCCAGCGGUGGACCGGAUCUGUGUCAGGGUUUCUCCUGGAGAGUGUUUUGGCCUUCUGGGGGUGAAUGGAGCAGGGAAGACCACCACCUUUAAGAUGUUGACUGGAGACAUCAUCGUCUCCUCUGGGGAGGCGUCAGUUGCUGGACACAGCAUUUUGACCAACAUUCUGGACGUCCAUCAGAACAUGGGCUACUGUCCACAAUUUGAUGCUAUAGAUGAGCUGCUAACAGGCCGAGAGCACCUCAACCUCUACGCCCGCCUUCGAGGAGUCCCAGAGGCCGAGAUCGGAAUCGUCUCCGAUUGGGCCAUACAGAGGUUGGGUAUGUCAGAUUUUGCUGACCAGUGUGCAGGCACCUACAGUGGAGGGAACAGAAGGAAACUCUCCACAGCCAUCGCCAUGAUUGGCUGUCCGGCUCUGGUUCUUCUGGAUGAACCCACAACAGGCAUGGACCCUCUCUCCCGACGUUUCCUUUGGCACUCCAUAAUGAGUGUUAUUCGGGACAAGCGAGCGGUGGUUCUCAGCUCCCACAGCAUGGAGGAAUGUGAGGCGCUAUGCACACGACUGGCCAUCAUGGUCAACGGCUCCUUCAAGUGUCUGGGGACGAUACAGCAUCUGAAAUACAAGUUUGGUGACGGCUAUGUGGUCACCAUGAAGAUCGGGGCUUCACAGAGUAGCUGCGUCCCGGACCUCAACCCAGCCGAGGCCUUCAUGGAGAGCACGUUCCCCGGCUGCAUUCAGAGAGAGAAACACCACAACACGCUCCAGUACAAGAUCUCCUCGUCCUCGCUGGCCAAGAUCUUUCAGAUGGUCCUCUCUAACAAGGAGAAACUCAACAUUGAGGACUACACUGUGUCUCAGACCACGCUGGACCAGGUGUUUGUCGAUUUUGCCAAGCAACAGUCCAGGGAAGAUGACGCUAUUGUGUUGCAUCCAAAAGCUGCUGGCGCCGAGCGAGUGGUCGCCAAACCAGUCAAGAGUUUGGGAAAAUGACUUCAGCUUCAGACUUUGGACUAGAGUAUCACAGCUCCACUUCAAAAGAGUUCAGCAAGAGUAGGUGUCAACAAAAGAGAUGGUGGUCAUUUGAAGAGAACACGUGUCGGUGUGAGGUCAGUGUUACCCCUGACUCAGUUCUUCUAGAGCUCUAAAAAUGGACGGUGUAGCUUAGAGGUUUGAUGCUUGCUUCUGGGUUGUACCUUCGUCAGAAGCAGUGGUUUACCCAUCACAUCAUUUUGUACCUUCUGUUAGACAUCCAGGCCUCAAAUCAACACAGUACCUCUCAGGAACAUGUCGAAUGAAUGUACUUGUCACAGCAUUACUCAGCAUUACUAUGUGGUUUACAAAUAUCUGAGCUGUUGCUAUUCAGUAAGCCAGUUCAAAUCGACCAUCCUUUGGUGAUCAACCCCUUUUUUUUUAACCAAACCAGAGGUGGAUAUAUGCAGUUAUCCGUAAUCCCAAGUAGCAAGUACAAAAGUUAUACGAGGUAAAGGCUUUUAUGGAACAACUUAUGAAGCAUGUUUAUAUUUUUCAUGUCUCACAAUCUACCUUUGUGAUCUGUUAUGAGAGAAUGCACUCCCACUCCACUGAGAUCUCAUUAGCCGCUUGUUCACCCAAUUCAGCUGUGAUCAAGCGAGUCUGUCUCAAGUCUCAACUCCCGGUUUUUAGCUUGAGAAAAUGGUAUAAAUGUACAAUUUAUGUUUACAAUACUGGAAUAUCACAAUGGGUGAGACAAAGAUUCCAUUUGUUCAUUUUAAAGUUCCCCAUCUUAGCACUUGAAUUUCAAGAUCAACGUACAGAUUGGAUUCACGCCUGGAAAGUCUAUUCUCAAUUGAGUUCGAGUCAUGAUAGAAUGUUUAAUGUCGGCCAUUUUUUGAGACAUUCCCGCGUUUUUGUUUGUGCAUGACUAGCUGGCUUUGCAAGUGUAAAUAUUGUAGGGUUUCUUUCGUGCCUGUUUGCAAUGUCUCCUGCUCGCCUUAAAAGCUUUGCACACAACUGCGUAGAUUUGUGAGGACCACAUCUGUGACAUCAGACUUUUGUCAAUAUGCUGUCAAAAGCCCACUGGAUAUGAAUACUUUUUGGGUCAAAUCAUAUUAAUAUUCUUUUGUUUAUGCUCUCCUGGAGAUUUGCACUAUUGAUGUGGUUCACUUUCAUCUAUGCUAAAGAGAAAUACAGUACAGUAAAAUCCUUAUCUACAUUGCUGAGUGCCUGAAGGGGUACACUUCCUAAAUAAGAUGCUGUUUAAGUAUUUUCUGAAUUCGUAAAAACACAAUGGCAUUAAAUGAAUCUCAACUGAGCAGCGUUUUUGAUCUAGUACCAGGAGUCAUGACAAGUUUGGUCUGUUAAUUUGCUUCAGAUGCCAAGCAAACAAACAGUUUUGCCUUUAUGUUGGACAUGAUUGAGGCACAGUACUAGUGAGCUAGCACUUUAUUAAGACAUCUUUCACGUUGACAUCCUGCUAAUAAACUUAAACUUAUAAACUUGUGCAAAAUCUUCAGCUGCUUUGAUAGCAACUUGAUUCGCCAGUCUCAUUUUCCUUUAUUGUUUUUGCGGCGCUGCUUUCAAUGGAUUUUUGCACUGUGAUGUCUCCGACAGCAAAUAAAAUGUUCUUCCUUGAAUCAUCUUGUAAUGUGACUCAUUGAAGACCUGAGGGUUGAAGACAUCCAUCAAAUAUUCCCCCCAAAAUCCUACAAUACACACUGUCAAUUAACCAUGUUUCCCGUAGAGUGGCAGCAAGUCACAGAAUGAGGGGGAUGAUAGCCAUACGGAGGCUGGGGUAGUCCUUGAAU